CCACGUAAACACUUCACAAAAAUCUCUCAUUCAUAUCAUUUCAUCGUCCAUCAGCCUGAUCAGCCGGUUCAUCUCUCAACUUUCUUGAAAUAAUUUUGUGUGGUGAUUGGGCAUUUUUGUUCAUCUUUCUUCAAGGUCUGGGGGAGCAAUCUUUGAUCAGCUAGUGCUCCUUCGUAUUAUACAAUAACUUUAGAAAACCCGUUCCUGUGGUGGACAGAAAAUGGUGGUUAUUACACAAAAGAAGGGAAAGGAGGGGACGAAGGGUGCCAAGCAGAUCGUGGAGGAGAAUAAAUCCACCCUUUCAUUCUACAGGAACAUGUUCCUGGGAGGUCUAUUUGCUCAACUGUUUGGAACGUUUGCCUUCUUUGGGGGAGCAUCGGGCUGGGACUACUUUUUCGUAGUAUUCGGGAUCAUCAUCAAUACAGCUUGUUACCAAUUCAUGGUGUUCAUGUCGAAGCCAACGCUGUCGGAGUCGGGAGCGGUGGUCGACUCGGGAGUUGAUCUUAACAUGCCGGCGGGGGUGGCAGAGCAUGUGAAGGAUGUUCUCAUUUUGACUUGCGGAUGCCAAGUACUGUCUUUACUCUCGAGAUACUGUUGGUUCUUGUGGUUGCUGGUGCCGUUACGCGGAUUUUACUACGUUUGGUCGAAACUAAUUGCACCUUGGAUUUUUGCCCCAGCGCCGGAAACUAAUACUGCUGGAGACGAAAAAAAGCAAAGAAAAAUGGAUCGUAGAAUGAGAAGAUGAUUUUACUUAAUCUCGAUAACAAAUUAAUAUAACUGUAUAACCUAUUUAUCCUCAUUACAAAUAAUUCCAAUAUUAUUAAUAGCUUCUAAAUUACAAUGAAUGUACACAACACCGUUAAAAACUUUUAUCUGAAAUGUUGAUUAAAUAUUUACUCCUCUGCGACGAAAUUUACGGGAAAUAAAUAAGCCUUUAUUUAUUUUUGAGA